AUGCUGCCGGUGCGCCUGCGACGCGUCGUGGGUCACGAGGGCCGGUCCAACGACGCCCUGUUCCAGCCGGCAGCCCGCGCUCCGCCCCUCUCACAGCAUACCCUGGUGUUCUUCGGAGGAGAUGUACAGGACUACCCAGAGCUGAUGCAAGCUCACCGUGACAACAGGAACUACAUAAAGUGGAACCUAGAGAACACAGUGCGCAUGCUGGGACACAAUUUUCCAACCAAGCACAUCCUGGCUGUCAGGCCUUCCAGGUACGUCGGUGGUUCCAGGAUAGAGUACAAGAGCUUCAGCUGCUAUGAUAACUUUGUGCCCAGUAACAACGCUGGAGUGCCCGAACACACUCCCACCCAUAGCGCCCUACAUCAUCUGGAGAGGCUUCUCCAAGGAGUUAGCAGCAGGAUAAAGAGUUUCUCCACAUCUGAGCUGGUGGAGGCAUUCUCGCCCGUGUCUCUACCUGAGGAUAUCGACAUAGAAGAUCUACAUAACUCAGCGAUCCACGCCGCGGCUGCAGCGGAGUCGAACAAGUCGAACGGUACAAAGCCGCAGCCAGGCAGCUCGCAGUCUGCGGACAAUGUCCUCGCUGAACACAAGCCUGAGUCAGACCCAUUGUGGUGGCGGGAGAACUUCGCCCUCGACGAGACGCAGUUGACGCUGGUCGGGUUCAGCAAGGGAUGCGUCGUACUCAACCAGCUCAUAUACGAGUUCCACUACACCAAGACUCUGACUCCUGGAGACGCCCAUAUGAUGAGGUUCAUGGAGCGUAUAGUGGACAUGUACUGGUUGGACGGCGGCCACGCGGGCGGGAAGAACACGUGGAUCACGUCGCGCAGUCUGCUGGAGACGCUCACUAGACUCGACGUGAACGUGUUUAUCCACGUCAGUCCUUACCAAGUACAAGAUGAGGCCCGACCCUGGAUCGGCAGAGAGGAGAAAGCAUUCACCAGCUUGCUGAAGAAACUUGGUGCGAAGGUUAACAGAUACUUCCACGAGCAGCCCGGUAUGACCCACUCCCUCCACAUGCACUUCGAGGUGCUCGCCAACUUCAAGAAGAUGCAGGACUCCAUCCCAGCCAGCAUGCCUGAUACUUCCGAUGAAGACGCUUAA